GAAAUUGCAAAUCUCAGAGCAAGCACCUCUAAAUUAAACAACUAAUGUAUCUUUAAUUUUAGUAACUUCCUAUAUAUCUUACAAGAAACUACUUUAUGGUUAAGGAUAUCUAUUCCUCCACUAAAGUUUAUUGUGAGAAAAAUGAAGUGAAGAAAACUGUAUCAAUUUGAUGGCUCCAAAACAUGUUAUAACUCCUUAAAGUUUUAUGGCAUCUAAAUUUUUGAAAUCCCGACUCAAACAUCAAGUAAAGUAUGCUGUAAUAAAAAUCUCCACUCCCAUUUUUAUUUAGGUUAUGUAAUGUCAGAACUAUAAAAUACUAAAAUGAAUUCAGUAAUGAAAUUUGUAAAUCAACUCACAUUGUUGAAAUGGAUUAAAUUGGGC